ACAUCAUAACUGCAUUUACAUACAUUGCAUAAAGCAUGAGUUGGAUCAUAUUUUAAAAUGUUGCAGGGAAAUAUUUCUCGAUUAUUUGUAAUCAAAUUCCCGCUUUCAUGCUGUUUGCAUCGAUGUAUAAGGCCCAAAUAAUAGCUACAUAAUAUAAUUAAUUAUAAUUCGAAAAACAUUCGUAAACCAGUACUUGAGUUAAAUUUCAGUGCUAACCAAGUCAAGAAGUGCUAAUGAACCUGAAUAUGAAAACGAAGAAUGUUGCUUGUGACGAAGAAAGUGGAGCUAGAAGGAAAGAUGUUGAAGUGCCACCCAGAAAAAAAUUAAAGCAAGCACGGCUGCCAUUUCAAAUCCUAAGUCCAGGCGUGGAGUCUUCAUCAUCACUUCAUAAGAGUAAUAAAAGAAAACUCAGUGAUUCAACAGAUGAUAUAAAAAUUAUCAAAGCCAUACGACCAAAUAAUUCAUGUCAACUUCAUGAAACGAAAGGAAAUGUAGUUUCACCUACUUUCUCAUGUGUUUGUAAGCAGUCAUCAGAUGGUGCAAACAAAACAUUAAGCACUCCAUGUGCUGGAAAAGAAGUUAUAGGGCAUGCAAAUAGCUCUGUGGAAACGUCAAAAGUAUUUGAAACAGUUAUUAUUUCAGAUGAGACUGAAAGUGGGGCCGUUAAGAAUUCUGUUUCCUUGAACGAAGUUGUUAGGAAGCUUAAAAGUAACACAAGUAAAGGAAAAGAGGAGUCUUAUAUUUCAAACAAAGGAACUGCAGAUGGUGGUGUUGAUGCAAAAGUGAUUGUCCUUAGUGAUAGUGAAGAUAAUGCAGAAAAGGAAGAUUUGACUGUUAGCAGUUGCAAUGUCACCCCAACAGAAGCGCAGGACAAAGUGUCUAAGAAUGAGAUGGUGGGCAGUAGGCAGGAUGUUGCUAAAUCACCUCGUGUUACAGAAAGUGAACAAAGUGAAACUGAGAACAGUCCUGUUGCAGUAAAGGAUUCCGUAUGUGGAUCAGAAUCAGAGAAAGAACAAUUAUCUGCAGAGGAACGAACUGCAAACUGUGAAUCAGAUGUAUCCAAACAGAUUUCCCCAAAAUCUAUAGAUACUAAGGUUAAAUAUGUACCACCAGAUGUAAAAACACCAAAAUUGUCACCACCUCAGUGUUCUCUUUCAGAAAUAAAUUCCAAGAAGAACACCGCAAAUAUUGAAAGAACACCAAGUUGUUCACAUCAGAAUUCAUUUUGUGAUUGUAAUUUUGAGGCCUGUACUCCUGACAGUGGCAGUCCAGGUUCCACACAGAAAAUCCGAAAGUUGACUCCAAAACAAUUGCUAAAACAGCUUGAAUCUGCUAAGAAGAAGGAGGAGAAAGAACGACAACGGCAGGAGCGAGAGAAAAAGAAAGCUGAGGAAAAAGAGGAACGUGAGAAAAAGAAGAGGAAGGAGAAGGAAAAGAAGAAGCAAGUUGAAUUGGAAAUAAAGAAUGAGGAAAAACGAAAGAAGGAAGAUAAGAGGCAGGCGGAGGCAGCGGCAUUCACUAGUUUUUUCCUACCAAAGAAAGCAGAGCCAAAACCAUCCGAAGAGCCGAAGGUCAAAGCCGAAGAGAAUUUUAUGCCCUUUGAGGUUAAAGCUGAUAUGAGACUUGCUCCCAGUACCCGAAAAAAACUAACUGAAGAGGUGAAACGGUCAUUGGACCAGUGUGUUGAAAGUCAGUCAGCAGACCAGCUGUAUCUUGAUCAAAUUAGAAGUAAACAGAUUAUCCCACAGACCAGCCCCUGCACCUGGGCUCUUAGUGACUUCAAAGAUGACGUUAUAAUUUUGGAUGAUGAUGAUAUCCCCAGUAGUGUGACAAGCAACAUUGUUGAAUCAUAUCCUCCUGCCGGUCAAUUGCCUCACCCAAAAUUGCUACAGUUCUGGGAGAAUCGUCGUCCACCUUACUGGGGCACAUGGCGCAAAAGGAGCCAGAGUAUUGGACCUAGGAACCCAUUUAGCAUUGAUGUGAAAUUCUUUGAUUAUGAGGUAGAUUCGGAUGAUGAAUGGGAAGAAGAGGAACCUGGCGAGUCUCUCCAUGGCUCUGAUGAUGAGAAAGAAUCUGAAGAUGAAUACGAAGUUGACAAUGAAUUCUUUGUGCCUCAUGGUUACUUGAGUGAUGAGGAAAAUACAGGACAAGAAGAUGAAGACCAGUCUCCUGAGAUGUUAAAAAUAAAAUUAAAGCUCUUGGAAUUAGAAUUUGAGGAAGAAAUGAAACAAAAGACUGAACGCCUCAAACCUCGUCUGCUUGGUUGCAUCUGGAUUGACUCCAAAACUUCUGACUAUGCUGGGAGCCAGCUGUUGAAACUUUUGAGCCCAUACCAAGCAGUUUAUCAGAAUGGUCCAAUUGUUACAUCUGCAUCUGAUUCUGCUACUGCAAUGGGAAGCCCAGAGUCCAGUGAUUGGGUACCAAGUCCAGCAACUCCAUUACUAAAGAAGAAGAAGAGAAAGUUCCCUGAAGCAGCAAUUCCUGCCUUAAUCAAACUCAUCCAUGGUAAUGUCAAUAGAUGUGCGUUUUUAGUAAAAGAAUUCUUGGCAUAUUGGGACAAAGAGCAACAAAAAUCGAUAGAUGGAGUGGGAGAAGGCCUAGCAGAAGGAAAUGUGUCAGCAUCGCCAUCGCAUGACAUUUUCAAGAAAAGUGUUUCAAAUAAGAUUAAAGAGCUAGCAACUUGGCUAGCAUGUCCAGAUGCAGGUCCAAUGAAUGGCCGUACGUGCUGGUAUGUCCCUUCAGAGAUACGUGCAGCCCAUGGACUUCCUGAUAUCACUCUUCCAAACACAUUGUGGGAUUACACUUUUAAACCAAAAAGACGUGAAAGUGAUAUCCAGACGCCUACUUCGACCCCAGCACUCGGUAGUGAGACAAAUCCUAAGCAGCUGAUUACAAAGUUUACUAAGAAAAUGACAGAAGUGGAGUGUAGGAAGCAGUUCAGUACUGCACCAAUGGCAGAGGAGACCCCAAACAAGAGACAAGAGAAUGGUAGUUCUCCACACAAUGAUAAGACCCAGAAGAAGUUAAAGUUCAGUUCGUCCAGUAGGGCAUUCACAUUGUCCAAGACUGGUAAGCAACAUAAAAAAAAGGGACUAGUGUCUUUACCAAAGGGGCAGGAGUUACCUAAAGCUUGCAAUAAUUCACUUAUGAAAUUCAUGAAACAACAAGGUAGCAGGUCAAGUGGAGGCAACAGAAUUGUUCCUCAUUUUCUGAACAGUGAUAAGCUGGACCAUGGAGGUGAAGAGUGCAUUGUUUUAAGUGACUGAAUAAUAAGAAAUUAUAAUCAAAGCUGACCUGUUUCAAAUAUUUGUUGAUGUUUUUAUUAGUAUGAAAUAAUAAACUUUUUAGUGCAGUUUCAUUCUGCUUCAUAUGUGAUGAAAACUGAAUAAACUGUCACCAUGAUUGUGUGAAAGAAGAAAAGGAAUGGGUAAUUUUCCAUGAGGUAUAUGUAUAGCGGGCCGGUCAUGGUAGCCGAGCGGUCUAAGGCAUGUACUGUCUCCGCUCGCUUGGAAACCAGGAUUAUGGGUUCGA